AUGGCGCGCCCUUUGGGUUUGUCCAAAAUUCUACUAUUUUACAUAUCACUGCUGAAUAUAUGCUUAAUAUCGGCUAUAGAUGAAAAUGAUUUUAGAUAUAUAUUAUUUAAAGAUAUUCAUAAAGAAUCGCAUAGGUUUUCACAACACGAAAUCGUCGAUUAUUCGAAAAUUUUGUUCGAUCAUACACGAGAUCAGAUCAUAGUCGGAGCAAGUGAUUAUCUCCUGAGACUAUCCUUAUCUAAUUUGUCUCUGAUUGAAUCCACUUGGAUUCCGCCGACUGAAAUUGCGACGAAAAGUUGUCUCGAUAAAGGACAAUCAGAAGCUUUUUGCAAAAAUCAUGUCAGGGUUUUAUUGGAAUUGGAGAACGAAGACUCCAUAUUGGUCUGUGGCACAAACGCCUUUUUUCCUCAAUGCUGUGUGAGAAAGAUUACCGAUCUCAAACAAGCUGGACAAUGUGCCAGGGCCGUCGGAGUUUGCCCUUAUUCCCCUUUGGCCAACUCGACUGCCAUUUUGAUCUCCGAAACCAACAACAAACAAUUUGUUCACAACAGGGAUGGAUUUUUGGCAAGGGAUCGUUUUGGUCAACUCGACAGGGAUGGUAGUGCGAAGAAAAAUUUUGGUUUUCUCGGAAAACAAAUUUUGUAUGCUGGGGCUACAAUGGACUUCUCUGGUCAAGACGCUGCCAUUUAUAGAACUGAUCUGUCGAAUGGAAAAUCAGGUUCUCUUCCAUCAUUAAGGACUCACCAAUAUGACCCACAUUGGCUGAACGACCCACAGUUUGUUGGAUCCUUCAAAGAUGAAUCGUAUGUCUACUUUUUGUUCAGAGAAGUUGCAGUCGAGUACAUCAAUUGUGGAAAGGUGAUUUAUUCUCGUAUAGCUCGUGUAUGCAAAAAUGAUUCUGGAGGUCACUCGAUGAUGCAAAAGAACUGGUCAUCAUUUUUAAAAGCAAGAUUAAAUUGUUCGAGAUCUGGAGAGCACCCAUUUUAUUUUAAUGAAAUUCAAGAUAUGGCUUACGAUGAGGAUGAAAGAGUUGUUUAUGCCAUCUUUUCUACACCAGUGAAUAGCAUUGCAGGAUCUGCAAUCUGCUCUUUCAACAUGUCGGCUGUCCAAAAAUCCUUCUCAGGCUCAUACAAACACCAGCCAACACCUACGAGUCAAUGGGAAGCUAAAAUGGAUGAUCAUCACGAAUGCGGUUCCAAUAAAGUGCCCCGCUACCAACUAAUGGACCAUCCAGUACAACCAAUUCAAAGAGAUCCAUUGCACCAAGUCGAACUCGAAAGAUACACCCAUAUGGCUAUUGAUAAGGUGGACACAAAAUUACAUACAGGAGUCCGAAUAAUUUUUGUAUCGAAUGAUAGGAAUGAAAUCAAAAAGAUUUCCAUAUUGUCUCGAACAGGCAGAGCUUGUGUUAUCGAUGUGUUCAGGUUGGAAGAGAAAGGAGGCUUUGUUGGUGGAAUUAGGGAGAUGGAAUUUAAUAAAUUUAUGAACUCUUUGUAUAUUUUGACAAAGACUUCAGUGUGGAGAGUACCUGUAGAACAUUGCUCGAGAUUGAAAACAGAACGAUCUUGCUUAGAUUCGAUGAACCCGUAUUGUGGUUGGGAUAAAACAGCUUAUAGUGAAUCUGGUAUUCGAGAAGGUGCUUGCACAAGAGCUCCAGACGCAGAGCCUCUAAAUCCUUCCUGGCAACAGAAUCCUGUCGGGUGCCCUCAAGACAGCAAAAGACGCCAACCACAAUGGUCAGAGUGGUCGCCAUGGACCAAAUGUGCACAAGCUUCUGAAAACAACAUAGAUUCUCUCGACUAUGAUGAUUCCCAGCAAGAUUGGUGUUUAUGUCAGACUCGUACAUGUUUUGGUUCGAGUACUUCUGCAAGAGGCGCCAAUUCUUGGUCGAAAAUUAGUUCGGUGCCGAGUGAGUGCUCUGGACCUAGUACUAGGAUUACUAAUUGCACCAGGCAUGGUGGAUGGACGCCCUGGUCGCCUUGGUCAGCUUGCUCACAGAGUUGUGGAGUGGCCGUGAAGACCCGUCGCCGUUCCUGCACAGCCCCCAGUCCGGCCCACGGGGGGCGCGUCUGCGUCGGUCCGGAGUCUCAUGAGAUCUAUUGCACGGACAACCCGCCAUGUCCCACGGAAGCCCCGACGAUGGACCCCUUGGAGCACGAUGACGAUGAGUUAGAUCGGGAUUUGGAGGGUGAUUCCGAAAUUGGGGGUGAGAGUUCUUGGUCCGCGUGGUCGCCCUGGUCGUCAUGCUCGGCACAAUGCUCCGGAGGAUUUCGAGUACGACGACGAGUUUGCACCACCACAUUUCCAUCAUCAUCAUCAUCAUCAGGAUCAUCAUCCGGAUCAUCUUCCGGAUUACUACGACGAAGACAACACCAUCAGCGUCUUCCAGAGACGUACACCCACACCCACACGCACACUCACGUUCACAAUCUGUUAUUAUUUUUCAGUGAUUAUCUCCUGAGACUAUCCUUAUCUAAUUUGUCUCUGAUUGAAUCCACUUGGAUUCCGCCGACUGAAAUUGCGACGAAAAGUUGUCUCGAUAAAGGACAAUCAGAAGCUUUUUGCAAAAAUCAUGUCAGGGUUUUAUUGGAAUUGGAGAACGAAGACUCCAUAUUGGUCUGUGGCACAAACGCCUUUUUUCCUCAAUGCUGUGUGAGAAAGAUAACCGAUCUCAAACAAGCAGGACAAUGUGCCAGGGCCGUCGGAGUUUGCCCUUAUUCCCCUUUGGCCAACUCAACUGCCAUUUUGAUCUCCGAAUCCAACAACAAACAGUUUGUUCACAACCGAGAUGGAUUUUUGGCAAGGGAUCGUUUUGGACAACUUGACAGAGAUAGCCCGAAGAAAAAUUUUGGUUUUCUCGGAAAACAAAUUUUGUAUGCUGGGGCUACAAUGGACUUCUCUGGUCAGGACGCUGCCAUUUAUAGGACUGAUCUGUCUCCAUCAUUAAGGACUCACCAGUACGACCCACAUUGGCUGAACGACCCACAAUUUGUUGGAUCCUUUGAAGAUGAAUCUUAUGUCUAUUUUUUGUUCAGAGAAGUUGCAGUCGAGUACAUCAAUUGUGGAAAGGUGAUUUAUUCUCGUAUAGCUCGUGUGUGCAAAAAUGAUUCAGGAGGUCAUUCGAUGAUGCAGAAGAAUUGGUCAUCAUUCUUAAAAGCAAGAUUGAAUUGUUCAAGAUCAGGAGAGCACCCAUUUUAUUUUAAUGAAAUCCAAGACAUGACUUAUGAUGAGGAAGAAAGAGUCGUUUAUGCUAUUUUUUCUACACCAGUGAAUAGCAUUGCAGGAUCUGCAAUAUGUUCUUUCAACAUGUCGGCUGUCCAAAAAUCCUUCUCAGGUUCCUACAAACACCAGCCAACACCUACGAGUCAAUGGGAAGCUAAAAUGGACGACCAUCAUGAAUGCGGGUAAGUAAACAAUAAUUCACCACAAUGGCAUUCCAAUAAAGUGCCCCGUUACCAACUAAUGGACCAUCCAGUACAACCAAUUCAAAGGGAUCCGCUCCACCAAGUCGAACUGGAAAGAUACACCCAUAUGGCAAUCGAUAAGGUGGACACAAAACUUCAUACAGGAGUCCGAAUAAUUUUUGUAUCGAAUGAUAGAAAUGAAAUCAAGAAGAUUUCCAUAUUGUCUCGGACAGGCAGGGCUUGUGUUAUCGAUGUGUUUAGGCUGGAAGAGAAAGGAGGCUUUGUUGGUGGAAUUAGGGAGAUGGAAUUUAAUAAAUUUAUGAACUCUUUGUAUAUUUUGACAAAGACUUCAGUGUGGAGAGUACCUGUAGAACAUUGCUCGAGGUUGAAAACAGAACGAUCUUGUCUAGAUUCGAUGAACCCGUAUUGUGGUUGGGAUAAAACAGCUUACAGUGAAUCUGGUAUUCGAGAAGGUGCUUGCACAAGAGCUCCAGAUGCAGAGCCUCUAAAUCCUUCCUGGCAACAGAAUCCUGUCGGGUGCCCUCAAGACAGCAAGAGACGCCAACCACAAUGGUCAGAGUGGUCGCCAUGGACCAAAUGUGCACAAGCUUCUGAAAACAAUAUAGAUUCUCUCGACUAUGAUGAUUCCCAGCAAGAUUGGUGUUUGUGUCAGACUCGUACAUGUUUUGGUUCGAGUGCUUCUGCAAGAGGUGCCAAUUCUUGGUCGAAAAUUAGUUCGGUGCCAAGUGAGUGCUCUGGACCUAGUACUAGAAUUACUAAUUGCACCAGACAUGGUGGAUGGACUCCCUGGUCGCCUUGGUCAGCUUGCUCACAGAGUUGUGGAGUGGCAGUGAAGACCCGUCGCCGUUCCUGCACAGCCCCCAGUCCGGCCCACGGGGGGCGCGUCUGCGUCGGUCCGGAGUCUCAUGAAAUUUAUUGCACGGACAACCCGCCAUGUCCCACGGAAGCCCCGACGAUGGACCCUCUGGAGCACGAUGACGAUGAGUUAGAUCGAGAUUUGGAGGGUGAUUCCGAAAUUGGGGGUGAGAGUUCUUGGUCCGCAUGGUCGGCCUGGUCGUCAUGCUCGGCACAAUGUUCCGGAGGAUUUCGAGUACGACGACGAGUUUGCACCACCACAUUUCCAUCAUCAUCAUCAUCCGGAUCAUCUUCCGGAUCAUCUUCCGGAUUACUACGACGAAGACAACACCAAUCAGCGUCUUCCAGAGACCUACACCCACACCCACACACACGUACACAUGCACACGCACGUGCACAGACACACGCACACGCACAUACACGACCACACACACGUACACCUUCUGAGGACGUGGACGACGAUCAGGACGGGGACGACAGGAGGAGGAGGAGGAGAGAGAGAUUGGUGCCGGUGACGUUGACGCCUACCAGGGUGUUGACCACGGUCAUGGGGGAAGGUUCCACGAGUCUGGUGUUGAUGUUCAACAAGACAGGUCAAGACGAUAUGAUUCUCACAUCCUCGAUUAUUCCAACAAUGAGCAUUAUGACAAGCCUGGCACCAGAAACUUUGUUACCAAGUCUGGCACCAGAAACUUUGUUACCAAGUCUGGCACCAGAAACUUUGUUACCAAGUCUGACACCAGAAACUUUGUUACCAAGUCUGACACCAGAAAGUAUAUUACCAACACCAAGUUCGACCCCAAGUCUGUCAUCAACAAUGGAGGUACCUCUGGAGUUGGACAUGUACGAGCUAACAUUCCUUCCGGAGACAGAGUCUUCAAGCCAGAGCAAUUUGAUACCAUCGAGCACCGAGGAAGACACCACAAUAACAAUAAAGAUGACGAGGACUUUAACGUUGACCAGGACAAGCACAAGAACAAGAAGCCACACAGAGACUUUACCACUGGAGUUGAAACCAACAGCCUCGAUGAACCAGGAGAGUUCAAUUCCGGAGGAAGACAGUACAACAACUUUGACAUCAACAGUGAGAUUGACGAGAACGUUGACUCAGAGCUUGGUACCAAGUACAACACCAAUUUUGGAACAAAACACGUCCAUCAUACUGGCUACAAGCAUGGGAGAAGACAGCACAACCACAACAACCUUGACGUCGACCAGGACGUUGAGCUCCAAGCAUGGAAGCAGACAGCACAACCACAACAACGUUGACGUCAACCAGGACGUUGAGGUUGACAAAGACACUGACUCGUCAGAAUACAGUAACACUGACUUCCAGUCUGGAACCAAGUACAGCACUAAUUCUGGAGCGAAACACAUCAGUCCAAGCUUGGAAGAAAACAGUACGACUACAUUGACAUCAACAAGAACAGUCAGGUUGACCAGGACGCUGACUCGUCAAAAUACAGUAACAUUGACUUCAAGUCUGGAACCAAGUACGACAGCAAUUUUAGAGCAAAGCACAUCGAGUCCGAGUCUGGAAGAAAACAGUACGACAACAGUAACAUCAACAAGAACCUUAAGGCUUACAAGAACAUUAACUCGCUUGAACACAGUAACCUUAACAUCCAGUUUGGAGCAAAACACAUCGAGUACUCAGAUUCCAGAAAUAGACAGCACGUCAACAUCAACAAGAACAGUAACACUAACUCGAACAAGUACUCGAAGACACACAGUGACUUUACCACUGGAGUUGAAACCAACAAUAAUUUCAACACCAAUAGUAAACCAGGAAACUUCCAAUAAUCAAGGAAGAUAUGUCCAGCAACUUGAUCUUGCGUCUGGCAAGGACUCUAAGAGUCCAGGACAACAAUAUACAACCGACAAGGGUUUAAAAUAUUCUACAACUAACACUAAUUCUAGAACAGGUGUCGGGAAUACUAACAAAGCAGAUUUACAAUUAGUCAAUAAUAAAAAUCAUGAUAUAAAAUAUUUGAAUGCAAGACAAGAUGACUUUACCAGUAAACAAGUACAUCAGUUUUUCCAAUCCGAGCAAUAUCCGGAUUAUGAAUUCCUGGACGAUUUUGAGGAUGAUACAUCGAGACGUGUGAGAUCCAAAAGAUCUUUUAAUGAUGACAUUGGUGAUGAUGAUGAAACGUUGUCGAGACAACAUCGACAUGCCAAACGUAAACAUAGCAGCAGCAAAAACUUGUGUAUUGGGAAUGAUGUUGAGUACGAGGUUUGCAAUGAGCAUCCUUGCCAGAUGCACAGGAAGUACAGCGCCUGGACGCAAUGGUUUCCUGUCAAAAAUGAAUCUGGUUCAAUUUCCGAGUUGCACAGAUUCCGGUACAUGUGUUCAGCCCCAGUGGCUGCUGCGUCCAGGAUCAAAUUCUCAAUGAGGGAAGAAAGACGAGUCCGAGAUAUUUCUAGAGAUCGUUUCGAUUUCGAUAAUGAUGAUAACGAUUUCGAUCUUGUCUCGGAUAUUGAGGGCGAUUCAGAUUUUGAUAACAAAGGAGACAAGGAUCGGAGAGAGGAUGGACUGAUUUUGGAUAAAAAGAUGGAAAGGGAUAAGAGGGUUAAUCUGGUGGAGGAAGGAGCGAGUAGAUAUCAGGAGUGCGAAGAGAAGUCUACGAUUUUGAGAGCAAGUGCAAUGAUAGUGGCCUUGUCGAGUGCAGGAGCAUUUCUUUUGGGAGCCACUUGUACUGGAGGCAUAAUUCUUUACAAACUGAGAAGAGGAGGUCUCGAUGUUUACUCUAAGAGAAGAGUUCGAGUACCUUCUUCACCUCAUUAUGUAACACAACCAACGACCAAGCAAAAUUCUUACGUCAGUGUACCACUUAGAGAAGUGUCUGUUAAAAGACAGUCAAGUUUCUCUGGUCGUGGAAACACUCUUCACAAGUCGAAUAAUAUUUCGAGCAACCAAUGUCCAACACCCAAGCUUUAUCCAAAAGCAAUUUGCUCAGAAUUGAAUUCGACGUUGAAAAGAGGUAGCAGCAGUGGUAAUUCGGAUAAUAUUAUGAAUAACAGGGAUCAGGAUAAGUUUUAUUAAUGAAAUCAUUAAGUGUUGACAAGAG